UUGUAUUUAUAUACAUAUAUGUGGGUGUGUGUGUGUUUACAUUUCAUUUCCUGUGAGUUUAAGCGCAGGGGAAAAUUUUCCCCGCAGAUUUAAAUCCCUGCUCACCCGAUGUCUCUCUCCAGGUUUGUGUUUAGAGAAGAGAGUUUUUUACCGACUCAUCUCCGGCCUCCACAGCAGCAUCAACAUCCACCUGUGUGCCGAGCACCUGCUGGACGAGGGCUGGGGCCGCUCAGUCUGGGGCCCGAACGUCCAGGAGUUCCGGCGGCGCUUUGAUAUGGCCGAGACAAAGGGCGAGGGCACACGGCGUCUGAAGAACCUCUACUUCCUGUACCUGAUCGAGCUGCGGGCGCUGUACAAGGUGGCUCCGUACUUUGAGCGUGCCUUCGUCGACCUGUACACUGGAAACACGCAGGAGGACGGAGCCACCAAAGAACUUCUGCUGCAAGUCUUCAACGAGCUCAGAACGUUCCCGAUGCACUUUGACGAGAAGUCCAUGUUUGCUGGAAACAAAAUUGAAGCAAAGACACUGAAGGAAGAAUUCCGCCUCCACUUUAAAAACAUUUCCAGGAUCAUGGACUGUGUCGGCUGCAGCAAAUGUCGUGUGUGGGGGAAACUUCAGACUCAGGGUCUGGGCACAGCCCUGAAGAUCCUCUUCUCGGAGAAGGAGAUCCAGAAGCUUCCUGAACACAGUCCGUCUAAAGGUUUCCAGCUGACUCGCCAGGAGAUCGUGGCUUUGAUCAACGGCUUCUGCAGGUUGUCCACCAGUAUACAGCAGCUGCACGGCUUUCGCCUGCUGUUGGAGAACAGGGAAUAAUAAAGACCAAUCAGACAUCUGGGAGGAAGUGAUGUAACACAGUGAUGCACGAUUGUGAUGAAGACGAUGAUAACGGUGAAGACGAAGACUGGACAGACUAAACUGUGGAAACUGUUGGAGGGAAACCUUUCUCUUCCUCUGCUGACAUUACAUCUUGUCGGAUUGUUAAAGUCGCUGUUCUGUAACUAUGCUGAAAGACUUAGAUGGAUGAAGUUUGUCAAGAUGAAACUGCUGCCUGUUUGUUUUUAUUUUCUCUUCCUCUUUGCUCGCUUCCUGUUGUUUUUGACAUGUUUGUUGCUUGUGAAGCUCUGGACCAGUCUGUGUGUCUCUCUCUGUCAAUAGUCAGAUCUAUGGUUUCCAUGGUAACCCUCAACACUAUUUAAUAUAUUGAAUUAGACGACACGUGAAGAAACAUUUGUUCUCAAACUAUUUAUUUAUUCACACGUUAGUCCCGUGUUCAGAACGUUUUCUGUCAGAACCGAGAGUCCAACAAGCAACAAAGUGGUUAAACACGUCAAGUCUGUGAUGACACCUGUCAAUCAAAGCACAAAUACAACGGCACGGCCGGGAAUUUUAUCAGAUGGAAACUGAAACAUGGAGAAAACACGUCUGAUCGUAGCUCAUUGGUUUGUUUGCUGUGAUGAUAAAGUAAAAAUAGAAAAUGGACCAAAGAAUUAAAAGCUGCCUACAUUUGA